CUUGGUGGAAGCCCGCCGAAGUCCAAGCAGCUUCUGCUUCUUCCUCCCGACAGCCUCGCCACCCUGAUCUUGCGCUCGUACCUCAUGUACUUUAUCUAAUCAACACUCGCUCCGCUCAAGUCGCGUCCGUGACGCCUCUCCAUUCGCCGCCUCCGGCUUGAUCCCAGCAUUUACAGGUCUGCCCAGGCCUCGACUGGUCUUCGCAUACUGCGUGACGAGCUCUAACAUCUAGCAAGCUACAUCACCACGCUCUUUACUCCGCCCGAAGCUAUCGACAACCCAGCCCCAACCUUCCUCAACGCCGUCCCCACCCUGCCCCGCCAUGUUCCAAAACUUCACCGGGCACACACGACGGCCUCGUCAAGUCAAUCUCGGCGGCCGCAAGACACAUGCUUUCGGCAGCCCCGGCCCCGGAGCCGGAUCCCAAGCUGCUCUCGACCGCGCACAGCAGGAACGAGUCCAGAGACAACGGGAACGAGAGACGCUCCAGGCUGCCAAGGCAAUACAGAGGGUAUGGCGGGGUCAUUCGAGCAGAGAGAGAGUAGGCGGCUUGCUACGGCAGGAAUGGGAUGCUACCGAGGGACAGCCUGCUUCGGCACAGACGGCUACGCCAUACACCUCAAAAGAGGAGGCACUGGCGCAGCUGCAGCGACUCCUCAGGUUUGCGAGCACCCGCAAUCACGAAGACCUAAGCAGGAUACGGCAUUGCGCGUUCCGGCUGAUUGAGACGACACGACAACUCGGCGUUAUCGCUAGCGGGCCAUGGCCGUCGGCAUACCUGAGGCUGGAGAGGAUCGUCCUAUCGAUACUAGAGCGGCAGACCAAGGACGCUGCACCAUGGAAUCAGUACAACGACUUUUUGACGAUACUAAAAUUUCUGGCCGAGCAGAUCCCCGCAGCGACCUCACAGCACGCGAAACAAUUCUACGACACGCUCGCUCACGUCGCCGUGAAGCUAUUCCCGGUCGAAGAAGCCAGCGUGGCCGAGAACGAGUCGGACUUGGUCAAUACCCUAUUUGAGACGGUUAUUUCGCCCUUGGCAAAAGUGACUGGGUACACUCUGAACGCAUACGAGGCUUUUGGCUACGCCUUCUUGAUUCUGCCGAUGUUGAGCGCCAACACGACAUCGUCGCUGGCCACGAAAUUCAGGGAUUCACUGGCGGACGUGAUCAACUACAAGUUGCUAGCGAAUGCACUGGCGACCUCGUGCAAGGAAUCGGGCCUACAAGCACGCCGCGAACUAGCUAGUACUAUCGACAGGCUUCGAUUCUUAGGCGCCUUCAUCUACUUCCAUCGCUAUGCGCACAACUUUCAUACGCCCGAGGCUUAUUCCAUUCACAAGGACUUUGUGACCGUAGUCUCAAUCCUCCUAAACUCUCUGCCAGUCAACAUCAUAGAAGGGCCGGGUACAGACAGCGGCCGAAUAGAGGAUGCCGAAGGUCCAAGGAGCACCGAGCCGGUCAAUGAUUUCCUUAGGAACCAGAUUCUUUCCUUGGUCAACCAAGAAGGCAUCGGCAACCUCUUGGCGGGCUCGUCUCAGUCUUCCAAAGCAUCUGAAGACGACAAGGUGGAGGAAGCAAGGCAGCUUGCCAACUACGCUCUAGCUCUCCUCCGGUUCUUCCCGCGGAGAGGCGAUGAAAUCCGCAUGUGGCUUUAUAUUGGUCCAUCGGAUGCGCGGGCGUACAAGGGCGCGAGAAAGUCGCCUGCCAUAAGAUACUUUUGGGAGGCCUCCAAACGUUCCUCGGUAUUUGCAACCAUCUUCCGGGACUCGCGAGCUGCCAUUGAGCUGCUGCGGCCAAAGGCAUUAUCCGCCAAUGGAUCCACAAGUGAUUCCUUGCAACCGUUCUGGCAAGCUCCGCGCCAGCAGGUUGACCAGGACGCCAUCCGAGCCGACGAGUGGAGAGUGAUUCUCGUGUUUCUCGAGCUGUACACUUUUGUUCUAAAAGUGACCGAUGACGAAGAGUUCUUCUCAGGUGGUAAAGACGAAUUCUCCGGCCAGGUUCGUGACAAUUCUCUGCCUCUUGGGGAGGUCAAGGACCUCACGACAUUCCUCAAGAACCUAGGAUUCACGCUCUAUUUCAACGCCUCGGAUAUCAGUGCAUCGGUAGAACGCGAUUCUAGCAGCUCGAGCCUUACCUUUUUCAACCCAAAAGUGCCGGAGCCACAGGUCCAGAAACAGGACGCUGAGCCGUCAGUGGGCGGUGUCGCGGGCCUCAGCCUCGACUACGUCAAAGGCCUGGUGACUGGACUCCUGCGUAUGGUCUACGAACGAGACUCACGACGUAAAUUCUUACCGGCCGACCACUGGUUGAUGACGUCGAGGUUCGACAUGACGGGUUUCAUUCCGGCGGUUGUGGAAGAGGAGGAGAGCCGGCACAGGAUCCAGGAGGAGGACGAAGAGGACGUCGAUGAAGGAGAAGACGAAAACUUUGAUGAUACACCCCAACUCAUCGGUACCCAUCGAACCCAGCAACAGCGAAGACUAGAGAGGCUUCAGCGACAGCAGCGCAAGGCCUCUCGGAGGAGGUAUCUGCAGGCUGUUGCACCGCGCUUGGAGAUUCUGCAAAACAUGCCCUUCUUCAUUCCAUUCACAACUCGGGUUCAGGUUUUCCGCCAGUUUGUGAAUCUGGACAUGACAAAACGAAGAGGCAGUGCAGAUCCCGAAGCAUGGCGAUGGCGCGUCAUGCAGCGUCCGGAUGCGCCGCAACAAUUCGACAAGCACGCUGCACGAGUCCGGCGUGAACACGAGUUUGAGGAUGCCUUUUCUCAGUUCUAUGGCCUAGGGCAGGGCUUAAAGGAGCCUAUCCAAAUCACCUUUGUGGAUCAAUUCGACCAGCCUGAAGCGGGCAUCGACGGUGGCGGGGUGACAAAGGAGUUUCUCACCAGCGUCACGAGCCGCGCCUUUAUGCCAACCGAUUAUAUCGACAUGUUUGUUGAGAACGACCAGCACCUUCUCUAUCCGAAUCCGGCAGCGGUAGAGGAGCACAAAGAGGCCCUUAAACAGGCCGGUAUUCGCGAAGGCUCGACCGAAUUUCGACUGCAGGUGUCGGAGCUUCUGCAACGCUACGAGUUCCUGGGUCGCAUCAUUGGCAAGUGCUUGUACGAGGGCAUCUUGGUCGACGUCAACUUUGCGCCGUUCUUCCUCCGCAAGUGGGCUUUGACUGGCGGCACUGGCUCGGCACCAAACGAGUCUGGGUACCGUCCCUCCCUCAACGACCUGCGCGACUUGGAUGAAGGAUUAUACCAGGGUCUUCACCAGCUGAAGAACUAUGCGGGUGACGUGGAGGACUUUUCCCUAAACUUCACCGUCACAGACACCAUUGUCAUCGACCAUACGACAGACCCCAAGAAGACCAAAGCCAUCACCAAGGAUCUCAAACCCGAUGGCGCCAACACGCCCGUCACCAAUCAGAAUCGGCUCGUCUACAUUAGCUACAUGGCACGCCACCGUCUACAAAACCAACCGUACCUUCAGACGUCGGCUUUCUUACGCGGCCUGAGCACCAUGAUCCAACCUAGCUGGCUCUCCAUGUUCAACCAGUCCGAGUUGCAGACGCUCAUCAGCGGCACCUCCACCUCGAUUGACAUUGAGGACCUACGCCAUAAUACAAUCUACGGCGGCACGUACCAGAUCGGUGACGACGGCCAGGAACAUCCGACCGUCCAGCUCUUUUGGAAGAUUAUGAAGGAUUUUAGCGACGGAGAAAGGAGGGCAGUGCUCAAGUUCGUAACGAGCACGCCGCGGGCGCCUCUGCUGGGGUUCGGUACGCUGAAUCCGCGGUUCAGCAUUCGAGACGCGGGGAGCGAUCAGGAGCGGCUGCCCAGCACGAGUACGUGCGUUAAUCUGCUCAAGCUGCCAAUGUAUAGGGAUGAGAACGUGCUCAAGGAGAAGCUGCUGUAUAGCGUGUUUUCGGGCGCUGGGUUUGAUCUCAGCUAGGGUGCCGUUGAAGCAGAGCGUGGAGAGCUCAUAUGCAACGGGAAGCGCAUAGAUGAGUUUUGAUGGCUCCAACCAUAGACUAGCAUAGCGCAUGCAUUGGUUUGGCGUUGUUAUUUUAGUAGACGGGUACGAAGGCUUUGUGGCUGUGCAUGCGGUAUGAUUGAUGGCAUGGAUAGCUUGCAUUGAAUGCGAUGUAUCUUCGUACUCCCUACUCACUAGCCUCAAAGACGUGAACGGGCAACCUAAGCUCCUCUAGCGCCUCGGCACCAACGGCUGUGACUUUCCCUUCCAUCUCCAUAACGGUCGCCCCAUGCCACCAAAUUCUCAACACUCUCCUCUCUCAUCUUAAACCUCUUCAGCUAGCACCUCUUCUCCUAUAGCGUGUUUUCGGGGGCUGGGUUUGAUCUGAGCUAAAGCGCGAGUGCCGCGAGUCCGGUAAAGGAG